UCUCAUGGUUCGUCCAUCUCUUGUCGUUGCGGGCCAUAUGAAAACAUGCUUCUCCAGGGGGCUUCGGUAAGAUGGAUGUGACGUCCAAAUCGGAUUUUCUUUUGGUUAUUUCGGUGCGCAUGCCGCGGGUCGAUGAUUGGCCCUGCAUGAUGAGAGGAGGUUGAAUCGACUUUGGUUCAACAGCAAAGUACGAGGAGUAGCUGGUAUUGGCCGUUCCUUGGGUUUAAUAUCGUCUAGUGCCGGGUACCUUGGACAAGGGAAAGGGAAAGGUGGACGAGCAACGCAGGCCGACGAGGCACGAGAGAGACCCAUGGGGGAAAAGAGAAGAAAAAAAGAAAAGAAGAAAAAAAGAAAAAAAGAAAAAAAAAAAAAAGGGAAAAAAGGCCGUCUCGUCGGUUCUCUCGGGACGCCCAUGCAACCCAACGCAAGUCUCACUCUUUCCGCGCUUGUCCAUGGUCCAGUCGAAUGUGGGUGCCACAAAACGUGGUGAUCCCCCU